UACAGUAGAGAGCGAUGGGACUGCUGCUCUAUGCGCUUUGUGUCGCGGUGAUCUGAAUGAAUGACACUUCCACCAACACAUCACAAUAAUGACACGUGAAGGACUUGUCUUUUUAUGCUGGCUGGGGAUUCUUCAAAUGGUGCAUGUGACCGAAGGAAGCGCUAAGGAAUGUGGGUGCCCAGCUGCCAGCAUUUUGUCUCACUUUCCAUCUGAGAUGCCCAAUGACACUUGCUGCUUGAACUACUCAGGAUCCACAUUCAACCAGGUGACUUGGGCAACUUUUUUGUCGCAUAAACACUUGCAGGUUUUGGACCUGACUAACUGUAAUAUCAGUCACAUUGAUCACAGUGAGGUCGGCGAUGCUGUCAGUUUAUUGAGAGAGCUGUAUCUUAGCCAGAACAGACUGACAUCACUGCCAGCUGACUUCCUAGCUAAAGCCUAUAGUUUGGAAGUGCUGGAUCUGGGAGUGAAUCAUCUGAAACACCUGCCCGAGCAAUUUCUGCAGAACUCGAACAAACUGCGAGCGCUGAUCGUGGGAUGGAACCUGCUGAGCGUUCUACCUCAUUCAGCGCUUAAGCCUUCGCUAGAGCGUCUGGAGCUCAUCGGAAACCCCUGGGCCUGCACAUGCUCGCUGUGGGAGGGUCUUGAAGGUGGAAUGCACGACAACUCCAGCAGCCUUCAUGACCUCGUAGGCAAUCUGACCUGUGCCUCUCCUCAGAAUCUUGCAGGACGGAGGGUUUGGUCUUUGCAGACCAGUGACUUGUGCCAUUUGGCCAACCUGACCGCUCUCUUCAUCCUGCUUCCCCUGUUCCUCCUCCUCAGUUUGAUGCUCUGCUGGUGCUGUGGGAGGAAGAAGAAGAGGAAAGAGAGCUCAUCGUUCAGCCCGACUCGCAAAAGAUCCAACAACUCCCAUUGCAACGGACGGUGGCCACAUGCCAAACUGCCCACUGGGGAUUCAGCAGUGUCUGUAGACGGUGGAAAGGAGGUCAUACUGAGGAACCAUCUGAUGCUUCAGCCCUCAUCCAACUUGAUGGACAGCACUCGUGAUAUUUAUGAAGAGGUGGAGAUCAAACUGGGCUCUGUGAACUCUCUGGCCCCUCCGCCGUCCUCUUGCUCCACAGAAGGGACCGCGGGAAAGCAGGACCUGGACACGGUGAGUGUGAGCGAAGUGAUGAAGGACUCGGCUGAUCGGGAGAAGGCGUAUCUGACCCAGUCCACUGAAUACUACAGCUUGGUUCCCGGGAUUGAAAUAGAGGACUCCGAUCAUGGAGAGUAUGAGAGUGUGGACCUCUCGUGACAGUACAGAAAAUGGUUGCGUUUGAUUGACAUACUCAGAGAUGCUAUCAAGUACACUGGAGUUUUGUGAGGUCUGAAGGUGCAGUCACAUUUACCAUUUGCUUGGUGAAAUUUCAUGGGCGAAUCCAGUCAUUCCAAUAAGAUUCCGCAAAGAAGUUUUGCGUGAGGGGGAAACGGACUGCCCCCCAAAUAAAUUCUCCUCACUGACCAACAGAAAGAGACAUCUGUGUGAGCAGUGCUAUUGACAAUGGACCACAGACCUGUUUUUUUUUGCACAAAAAAUUUUUUGCUGAAAUUUCGCUAAUGUGACAGCACCUUCGGUCAGGACGUUUUCCAUUUGGUUGCAAAUGCACAGUGAACGUUGAUGUUAAAGAGGUCAUAUGAUGUUGCUAAAAAGAACAUUAUUUUGUGUAUUUGGUG